UUUUUAUGAACAAAGAUAAAUUCGACAACGGAUCUUAGGAAUUUAUAUAGCAUUAUAGAUAGCACUGUUUCGAAAGAAAAAUAAAGAACACCUUAAAAGUGAUAAUCUUGUAAGCCUUAAGCUAAAAUAUAAAUAACUGUUAUGUUGCAGAUGGUGUCGUGAGAGAUUAUUUGAAAAUGGAUACAGACGUCAUCUGUCCUGAGCUAGAAGUUUCAAAGAAGGAGCCAUCUAAUAAUGAGAAUGGGGGAGUCAUGCAGGAAGAAGAAGCCGGGCGUAACCAUGGAGACGGGAGUUAUGACAACACAACAUGCUGCCAUGAUGGCAAAGACUCUGACAGCGUAGGAGUCGGUCAAGCGAUUAUGUCUAUGAGGGAACGGGUGUACGUGGCAUUUAAGAGGAAGGAGAAAGUUGUGAACAACGGAACAGCGAUACUAGCUAUUUUCCUCUAUUUUGCUUAUGUCGCUUAUGCGUUUUAUUAUAGGUUUGGUGACGAAGGUUCGUGGCGUCUGCUCGGGGUUACCGCCUUUAUCGUACUGUAUAUUACGUGGUCCAGGCUGCACGGGGUCUACGGGGAACAGAUGAACGCCUGGUGGAAAAGGGGCCGUGGAUUCAGGAAUUCGGUUACUGCCAGGAGAAGUAGGCUUGUGAUAACUUGGGUAUUACGGAUCGCUGUGUUCGCGUUUCUGGUCGUGUAUGUGGUGCUGGACAUCGCGAUAGAGCAGCCGGAGAAUCUGGUGUCCGUGGCGGGGCUCGCUAUUUUUUUACUGAUCUUCUACUUGACAUCCGUCAAUCCCGCUAUGGUGAACUGGCACACGGUCUUCUGGGGAAUCGCCCUUCAGUACUUGUUUGCCCUGCUCAUUCUGCGGACCACCUGGGGCUACAACAUGUUCAAAUGGCUGGGGGAUAGAGUCACCGAAUUCUUAAACCAUGCGAUGGCCGGUGUCUUGUUUGCUUUUGGUACAACGUAUGAAGACCAUUUCUUUGCAAUGAAGGUUUCUUCCAUCGUGGCCUUCUUCUUCACUGUGAUUAACAUCCUCUACUACCUGGGGGUGAUGCAGGCGGUCAUAAGGGUCCUGGGGCGGUCCCUGUCAUUCUGUAUGGGAACCACGCCCGGAGAAUCCAUCAGUGCCGCGGCUAACAUAUUCCUCGGAAUGACGGAUGGUCCCAUGAUGCUCCGUCCUCUUCUGAAGAACAUGACGAAAUCAGAGCUGCAUGCCAUCAUGGUUGGAGGGUUUGCUACCAUUGCGGGGAGUGUCCUAGGGGCAUAUAUUACAUUUGGGGUUCCGGCGAACCACCUGUUGUCCGCCAGUGUUAUGAGUGCGCCGGCGGCCCUUGCCGUUGCCAAGCUUUCUUACCCGGAAAUGGAGAAAACCAAAGCUUCUCACACCGACUAUGCGAGUCUGGAAAAAGGUCCAGAACACAACAUAAUAGAAGCGGCGUCAAAUGGUGCCACAGCCAGCCUUAAAAUGAUCGGCUCUAUUUUAGUCAACGUGAUCGCCUUCCUGUCGUUACUUGCUUUUCUAAACGCGACGUUGGCGUGGAUUGGUUACAGGGUUGGGAUUCAUGACCCAGAUCUCAGUUUUGAGCUGAUAUGUUCCUACGUGUUGUUUCCUGUGUCAUUCUUCAUGGGUGUUGAAACAUCUGACUGCAGGAAGGUUGCGGAGUUAGUAGGUGUCAAAACGUUUACGAACGAGUUUAUUGCGUACAGUAAAUUGAAGGUCCUUAUUGCCAACAGAAAAGCUCUUACUAACUACACAGAUGUAUACAACGCCACAGACUGGUACUGGAACAACAACGACAUUAUCCUUAAUACUACUGGUCAAAUAUUGGACGGAGGCAUUAUCUCGGAGAAGUCCGAGAUCAUAUCCACCUACGCCCUUUGUGGUUUCGCCAACUUUGGUUCCAUCGGAAUCACACUGGGUGGAUUUGGAGCACUGGCCCCAACCCGCAGACCGGAAUUGACAAAGAUGGUGAUGCGGGCCAUGAUUUGCGGAAAUGUGGCGUGCUUCCUUACCGCUUGCAUAGCUGGUCUGUUGUACAAGCCAGUGUAAGAUGUAGGAAGUCAUUUUAGCAGCAGCAGCAGCAGCAGCAGCAGCAGCAGCAGCACCACCACCACCACCACCACCAACAACAACAACAACAACAGAAGCAGCAGCAGUAGCAGCAGUAGCAACACUAGGAGUUGCACCACCACCAAUUAUAUUUUCAUUAUUAUCACUAAUGUUCAAUGCCAGAAUGGUUCGUAACAUCUUUGAAGAAUAAGAAUGUCUGUUUCUUUUUUUGCGGCGGGAGUUACUCCUCCCCCUGUAUUUAUUGUAGCAUUACAAAAUUUACCAAAACUAGCAUUGCAGCCGACAAAUAACGGACUUCCGUUACGCUUUGUUUAUGAGACAUGUUUACAUACAAUGGAGUUAUUAAACAUAGUAUCCAUACGCUGUAUGUAAUUGAAAAUUAUUUCAACAGAACAGAACACAAUGUUUAUUUGACUUAAGCAUAUUGCGCUCAUCGUUAUAAACACAAAACAAAUAUAAAAUAUGCCUGAAAGAACAAAUAAUAAUUUUGCAAUAUAUUAUUUACAAACAAAUUAUACAAUGCUGUGAAAAACUAAAGCUAAUUUAACAGAACUGUAUGUGACGAAGUCUUUACGGGUGAUUUUAUAUACUUAAGUCUCUUAUUUAAAAAGUUUUGAUACAAAAUUAGCUAAUCUUAUUAACAGAGGUUUAGGAAUUACGAUCCUUAUGGACCAAAGCAUUACUCUAUCAUAUUGGGUUACAUACAACUAAAUAUAUGCGAUAUUCGUCGACUGGAUUGUGUGUACCAUAGUAUUGGCUACUGUUUUAUAUGUGUAUAUAUGUACAUAUAAUCUGAAAUAUAUGUUCAAGAAAAUGUUUAUAAAACAACAACUCGAAUAAAUAUUAUUUUAACAAUAACCGUUUUG